AUGGCCUUGGAAGCUGGGAGCCCAGCUACUUCUUUUACUCCUCAAGUGGUUGCUAAUGCAUUCGUUAAACAAUACUACCGAACUCUUCGUUACGCACAAGAGGAUGCCUAUAAGUUCUAUAAUGACUCAAGUAUUCUUGGUCGGACAGAUUCUAAUGGGAAAAUGAUGUAUGUAACCACAAUUGAUGAUAUCAAGGAGCAACUUGUGUCUACAGACUUAGCUGACUGUUUGAUAGAGAUAGAGACUGUUGAUGCACAGCCAUCCCAUGUGGAUGGUGUGCUCAUUUUGGUUGCUGGAUAUUUUACAACGGAUGAUGUGAAACAGAAGUUCACACAGUCAUUCUUUCUUGCUCCACAGGAAAAUAGAGGCUAUUAUGUUUUGAAUGAUAUGUUCAGACUUACCCAGAUUUCAACUGAGGUGAAGGAAGUUGUAGUUAACCAUGAUAAUAAAAGCACACAGAUUACUACCCUGCCCAAUGAUGAAGUUGUCAGCACCUCUGCAAAUGUUGUUUCUCCAGUUAAAAAUGAUCCUGUUGUUGAGACAUGUGUGAAAGUGGUUAACAAGGAUGUUGAGAAGAUACCUGAGGCUUCAACUCCUCUUACUGCUGAGAAAGCAGUUAACAAGGAUUUGGAGAAGAUUCCUGAGGCUGCUCCAGCACCUCGCGCACCAGUUGAGAAGGCUGCUCCUGCUCCUCGCGCACCAGUUGAGAAGGCUGCUCCAGCUCCUCCCGCACCUGUUGAGAAGGCUGCUCCAGCUCCUCGCGCACCAGUUGUGAAGGCUGCUCCAGCUCCUCCCUCAUCAGAUGAGAAGGAAGUAACUAGGAAGACUUAUGCAUCAAUUGUUAAAACCAUGAGGGAGAGCACACAGCCUGUCCCAGCUGCCAGACCCGCCAAACCCAAUCCAAGGCCAAAGGCGGCUCAAAAUGUGGAGAAAAAUGUGUCCUCACCUUCAAAACCUGCUCAUGCUACUGAUAAUGCCCUCCCAGGCGAUAAAAGUGUUCCUAAAAAUAAAUCACCUGAUGAGACAGGGUACUCAAUUUUUGUUAAGAAUCUACCUUUCGACGCAACUGUUGAAAUGGUUGAACAAGAGUUCAGCAAGUUUGGUGCUAUAAAAUCUGGUGGUAUCCAAGUCAAAUGCCAGCCUGAUCAGUUUUGCUUUGGCUUUGUCGAAUUUGAGUCUCAGCAAUCCAUGGUAGCAGCAAUUGAGGCUUCUACGGUUUAUUUCGGCACAAGAGAAUCAUAUGUUGAGGAGAAAAGAACCAAAACACGAGUUGUCGAUGGUGUUAUCACCCGUGGGGAUGGCAAUGGCAACGGCUUCCAGUCUGGCAGAGGUGGUUACUAUGGGGACAGCUACAAGCGGCAGUGGGGCGGUCAGAACAACGGCUACUACCACGAUGGAGAUAACACAAGGAACGACUAUUCAGGCCGUGUCCGAGGACCGCAAGGGAACGGCUACCCUCAGAACGGCAACGGCUAUCACCAGAACAGGAAUAGCUACCAGCAGAACGGCAACGGCUACUCUGGCAGUGGCUACCAACAGCGACGCCCCAACAGCAACAACGGGAACGGAGGGAGGGUCGAGGGCAACAAUGGCCCCAGGCAACAAGGCCCUGCUGCUGCGUAG